CUUAACCGUUACAAUCUUAAGUGAAAGAGAAUUUUCCAUAUAUAACAGUACCUGCCUAAACCAAUGUUAUUGUUCCAUACCAUUACAAGCAAAACGUCAUGUAAUUAUGAACGGCAACGGGGAUUUGAUCAUUGUCAUUAAUAAUGGGCAAAUGCGGUCCUUUUUUUUGGAACCAACAAGACGCCCAGAAGGGCUGUAUAAAUAGCAAAGUUCUGGAAUGUCCGCCCUCAUUCAAUCAUGGAAUUUGCAAGUGUAAGAAUCUAUCUCGUCGUAUUCGCCAUAAGCGUAGCAUGUCAGGGAGUCGCUACUACGCCUUUCCUGAAUAAACUGGAAAAACAGAACAUACAGAAUAUAGUGAAUAAUUCAUUGGAUCCGGCUAAGGAAACAGAUUUUAAAGUACAAAAAAGGCCCAGCAAAGAAUUGCAUCGUACAAAGCAGACAUUAUCCUACGAAUUGAAAACGAAAUAUGCGGUGGACAAGGUGGUAGGGGGUACCUUGGCUCAAGAAGGGCAAUUCCCGUGGAUGGCUGUGAUACAUCAGCUCCUGGGUGCUGGCAGGAUCUCAAUGUGUGGUGGAACAAUAAUCUCAAUACGGUGGAUCCUUACGGCUGGACAUUGCAUUGCUAAUGGUCCUACCAAUUUCAACGUCAUUCUGGGUAUCGUCGACAAGUCUGGAAUUGGGUACGAUUACAACGAGGGUGCUGGUUUGUCUAUGUACACUACUCAAGGUGCACUGCACCCUCAGUACGGAAUGGGUGUCAACGAUAUCGCAUUGCUAUAUUUGCCUCAGGAUAUCCCAUUCAACGAAAAAAUACAACCAAUCAGACUUGCUGGACAAGCGAAAGCUCAACAAACCUUUGAAGGAAGUACUGCGUACGUCUUCGGGUGGGGUUUGGAUGGCACUGGUUAUACGGAAAAUCAAAAACAUUUAAAAUACGGAGCACUGCCGAUUAUUUCUAACGCUCAGUGCAUGCAAUUCUGGAGUAUCAAUGAUGGAAAUAUUUGCACUGCACCAUCAACUGGCUCAGAUGCUUGUCAGGGCGACAGCGGCGGCCCUCUUAUAGUAUGGGAACAAAAUCAACCACUCCAAAUCGGAAUAGUGAGCUUCGGAGACACGGAUUGUCCAAGUCGUCGUCCCGGUGUGUUUACAAAAGUGGCAGCUUUCAGCAACUGGAUUGCCCAGGUUACCGGGAUUCAGUACUAAAUGAAACGUUUGAAGACGACGGCAAAACGAUAAGUGUGUAAUACUCAUCAAAUUUAUAAGUAAUAACAUAACUUUAAGUAUCGAUUUUGCCAUUCACGAUUAUUUUUUAACUUCUAUUUAACCUGGCAUUUAACCUAUAAAGGGUCGGAAAGCCAAUAUAUCGGGUCGACCCAUAAUGGGAACCUCAUAUAUAGUAAAUUCAUGAUAAAAGACACAAGUUGAGGUUAUUUUCAAAACAAAUUCUAUGAUCUCAAAUCUCGACCCUCUAAAGGUUAAUCGGCAGUCGUGCUGGCCCCAAUCGUGCGAAACAAUUGAAGGCCGCAGAUUGCGGAACGUUUGGGAAACGUUGAUUCUCGACUGAUUGGUUAAACUAUGAAUCCAUUAACCACAGCAAUUAACCAUGUGUUUAAGUGGAGCAUAUAAGAUUUAUAUAGAAAUGGUGCAAUCUGCUCUACCAAGAUAAGACCAUGUAGUUUACGAAUAGAUUGUCUAAAUAUAAGAAAUGUACAGCAGAUGAUAUUUAGUCAUAAUAAAUUAUAAUAUUCUGAAUAAUUAUAAAUAGCCAUCUCUAUUUUUCCCGUUUUACGUACAAUAAGGAAAACUGCAAGUAAAACAAAGAGAGUAUCGGGAUUCCCAUCAACCUUAUAAAAUUUUCUGAUGCGUAUAUUCAGUGGCGCCUCUCUCCUGUUUACUAACCAUUUCGUAUGCCAUUUUAAUUCUCUUUUUCCGUCCCUACUCGAGAGCGUUGUAGUCCUUUUAAGUUGAAAGGCAAUGCGCACCACGUCGAUCUACAUACACAAAUCGACUAAUGCAACAUGUCACGACGUAAAAAUUACUUAUCCUUGACUGGGGUCGAUGUA